UAAUAAAAAAAAAUAUGCGAUUAAAAAAUUUCAAUAAGCAUCAUCACUGAAACAUGAAAAGUAGUGAAAAUCAGCUAGCAUGAAUUCCAACCCUGUUUUGGAUAUGGCGUUUCAGUAAUUUCUUUCCACAUUCUCUCUGAUUACCUCCUACAAAUAUUCACGAUGUUUUUGAAUUCGUAUCUGAACACAACCAAUCCUUUCGUUCCAUCCUUUUUAAACACAAACCCACCCAAAAUCUCUUCAUUAUCUUCUUUCCGUUGUAUUCACAAAACCUUUUUACAGUAUUCCAAACAAAAGUCCACCAAAUGCAUCUGUCUAUACAAUGCCACUCCAAAUUCGGACAAAAUUAAAAUAGCGCCAAAAUCACUGGAUAAUAAGUUUGGUUUAAAUUCGGGUGUUGCUUGGGACAGUUUGAAAUUAUUGGAGUGGCCCAAGCUGUGCGAGGCUGUGGCUGCCUUUGCUGGAACAACGCUGGGCAAAGAAUCCCUUAAGAACCAACUGUGUUCGCUGCAUAUAAGCGAAGAACAAAGUGAAGGCCUUCUUUCAGAAACAUCUGCAGGCAUUGAACUUUUGAAUUAUUAUGGCAGUGGUUUGGAUUUUACUGGAUUGCAUACUGCAGAGAUCAAGUCUGCAAUAGAUCGGCUGGAAAGGGGUUUUGUGAUGGAUGGAAAGGAAGCCUUGGCAAUUGCAGCGCUUCUGCAGUUUUCUACUGGAAUAAAGAAUACUCUGAAAAUAGCUCUUGAAGAAGAUGCACAGUGGUACAAUAAAUUUAUGCCUCUUACUGAAAUGAUAAAUGAGAUCGUCGGUAACCAAGCCUUAGUUCAGACUAUCCUGCGAUUGGUGGAUGAAGAGGGCUUACUAAAGGAUGAUGCAAGUUCAGACUUGAGGCGAGCUCGGAAUCAAGUGCGCAUACUGGAGCAGAGGCUUUAUGGGCUGAUGAGUAGUGUGCUGUGGAAUGGUCGUGAUGAAAGCAGUUCUCAGGACGUAAGCUAUAUUGAUGGAAGAUGGUGCAUAAGAUUGAGUGUGGAUCAUCCCACUGGUUUUCAAGGACUUUUGUUACGGAGUGGUUCAGGAGUUGAAAAAUAUGUUGAACCAGUUUCAGCUGUUCCACUGAACGAUGAGCUUGCUCAAGCAAGAGCUUUGGUGUCCAAGGCAGAGCAUGAAGUACUGGCAAAUCUAACUGAUAAGGUUUUGCCCCUCUUGGACCAGAUUAAACUCCUUUUGAGUACAAUUGUUCAGCUUGAUGUGAUUAUCUCCCGUGCAAAAUAUAGUUUGACAUUUGGAGGCAGAAAACCCACUCUAUCUUUUGUUAAUUGCAAUGGGAUUUCUCAUUCUGAUGAGUCUAAUGUGGAGAACUGUCAUGGUGGUGAUGGAAAUAUUGCCGAUGAUUGGCUUUUGCAUUUGAGAAAUGUUUACCACCCUUUACUACUGAAACGGCAUCAUGACAGUGUACAGAAUAUCAAAAAACAAAUCAGUGCAUAUGCAAGUAAAUUGCAGAGAGCAACUGCACAUGCAGAGAACAUUUCUUCUCAGGAAAAUCUAGAAAGCCACAUAAAAUCAUUGGAAAGCAAGGUUGCAACACUUCAAGCAGGUCGCCCCAUCCCUGUUGAUAUCCUAGUUAGAAGGAAGACAAAGGUGGCUAUUAUAACAGGUCCAAAUACUGGAGGAAAAACAGCAGUCAUGAAGACGGUGGGAUUAGCUGCACUGAUGGCAAGACGUGGACUUUAUGUGCUAGCAGCGGAACCGGUUAAGAUACCAUGUUUUGAUUUUAUUUUUGCAGAUAUAGGUGAUGAACAGUCCUUAAGCCAGUCCCUCUCAACGUUUUCAGGCCACUUGAAACAGAUUAUGCGUAUUCGAGCACAAUCAACUGGGCGCUCAUUGGUUCUUCUUGAUGAAGUAGGUGCAGGAACAAACCCUUUGGAAGGAGCAGCACUAGGCAUGUCACUGCUUGAGUCUUUUGCUGACAGUGGUUCUCUUUUGACAGUAGCUACAACUCAUCAAGGGGAGCUGAAAGCUUUGAAGUACAGCAAUGACAGGUUUGAGAAUGUGUCUGUGGAGUAUGAUGAAGAAAAAAUGAGACCAACAUACAAGCUUCUCUGGGGCAUUCCAGGACGAUCAAAUGCAAUAAGUAUUGCAGAAAGGCUUGGACUACCAACUCAUAUCCUAGAUAGUGCACGGAAAAUUUAUGGAACAGCUAGUGCAGAAAUCAACAAGGUAAUAACAGAUUUAGAAGGUGCCAAACAAGACUUUCAAGAAGAUUUGCUAGCAGCAGAAUAUUAUCUCAUGCAAUCGAGGCUACUUUAUCAAAGACUAAUGGCAGUUAAUGAACGAAUCUCGGAAUAUUCUUCUCUUCAACAGCACAGAAAAACACAAGAAAUCUCUGUAGCUGCAGCUAAUGCACGUUCUGCUUUGCAUAGAAUAGUAAGAAAUUUUCGUGAAAGUGAAGGGAAAAUUUCAGUUGCUGCAGCUAGCUCUGCAGAAAGUGCGAAAAUGGAAGUUCCUGUUGAAUCUUCUAUGGAUUAUAUGUCAGAGAAUACAAAUCAGGUACCUUAUGUUGGCCAGGUAUUGCAUUCGCCUUCACUUGGCACCAAAGUAAAAGUGUUGGGAAUUAAUGAAAGUAAAAAUGAAGUACUUGUUCAGUUUGGAUAUUUGAAAUGUAAGUUGAGUUUGAGUGAAUGGAGGAAUUUGGAAGUUUAAACGUAAUAUAAACUUUUCAAAAGUUUUUUAACAUAAUUUUGAUAAUUGUAAUAUAUUGUAAAAUAAAAGUAUAUUUACUAUAAAAAUCAUUUUUUAAUUAUUUAGAA